GUUUCGUUUCGUUUGUUCAUGGCUUCUCCUUUUAUUUCAUUCUCAGCUUCGGUUUCCAACACGUCAACCACUCUCCUCCCUUGUCGCCGCUUCAAUGCAUUCCCUCGCCGGAGACCCUCUUCCUUCUCUGUGCAAUCAAAGAUCCGAGAAAUCUUCAUGCCAGCACUCAGUUCAACUAUGACAGAGGGCAAAAUCGUCUCAUGGAUCAAAUCCGAGGGUGACACUCUAUCCAAGGGCGAAAGCGUCGUCGUUGUCGAGUCCGACAAGGCUGACAUGGACGUCGAGACCUUCUACGACGGCAUCCUCGCAGCCAUCGUCGUCGCCGACGGAGAAACCGCCCCUGUCGGAGCCCCGAUCGCAUUGCUCGCCGAGACCGAAGAAGAAAUCGCCGAAGCCAAAGCCAAAGCAGCCAAAUCAGCUUCUCCUUCUGCCGUUGCUCCUGCUCCCCCGGCCGAAACCACGAACCCUGCUCCGGCAAUUUCUCAGCCGCCUCCUCCGCCGGCUAAGUCAGUUUCCGACGGUCCUAGGAAGACGGUGGCGACUCCUCAGGCCAUGAAGCUCGCGAAGCAGCACAAGGUGGACAUUGCAUCGGUUGUAGGGACCGGUCCGUAUGGCCGGAUUACUCCGGCGGAUGUGGAGGCUGCCGCCGGAAUUGUACCGUCGAAGAGUAAAGUGACUCCGGCGGCUGCUUCUGCUCCGGCGACAUCAGCUCCACGAAAAGCAGCUGCUGGUUUUGCUGCUGUUUCUCCGGCUCCAAUUCCGGGUUCUAGUGUUGUUCCUUUCACUACAAUGCAAUCUGCUGUAGCGAAGAACAUGGUGGAGAGUCUUUCUGUGCCUACGUUCCGUGUUGGGUAUCCCGUGACCACUGAUGCGCUGGAUGCUCUGUACGAGAGGGUGAAACCAAAGGGUGUGACUAUGACGGCUAUUUUGGCUAAGGCUGCUGCAAUGGCUCUUGUUCAGCAUCCAGUUGUCAAUGCCACCUGCAAAGACGGCAAGAAUUUCGCCUAUAACUGUAGCAUAAACAUCGCUGUUGCUGUGGCAAUCAAUGGUGGUUUGAUAACCCCUGUUCUUCAGGAUGCCGAUAAGUUGGACUUGUAUCUGUUGUCCCAAAAAUGGAAAGAGCUAGUGGAUAAAGCUCGUUCAAAGCAAUUGCAACCUCAUGAGUAUAAUUCAGGAACUUUCACGCUUUCCAAUUUGGGUAUGUUUGGAGUUGACAGGUUUGAUGCCAUACUUCCACCGGGCCAGGGGGCUAUCAUGGCUGUUGGAGCAUCAAAGCCUACUGUUCUGGCUGAUGCAGAUGGGUUCUUCAAGGUGAAAAGUAAAAUGCUGGUGAAUGUUACAGCUGAUCACCGAAUAAUUUAUGGGGCUGACUUGGCCGCAUUCCUUCAGACAUUCUCAAAAAUCAUUGAAAACCCAGAAAGUCUAACAUUGUAGUCUUUCCGUAUAACAUAAAAUUGUCUCUACCAGCGGAUCAUGAGUCGAUAGCGUGUAUUGAGAAGAAGGCCUAACAUUUUGUGUUUUUCAUGCACUUUCAUUUUGUUAUAUUUUUUAGGAGCUAUUCCGAGUUCCAUUGACUUGACAGGGAGAAACAGCUUUGAAUUAUUUAAACUUUUUUUCGGGUAGGGGAUGUAAACGGCCAUUAUGGCGACAACCAACGUGUAAAGCAG